CCCAAGCGUUGCAUAAUGAACAACAUUACAGAGACGCCUCAAAUCCCCUUUAAAGCUCCUACCACCUCCAGGUUGAAGUAUUGGCCAAAGCGAGGCGCUCGACUUUUGAGGAAGCUUGAUAUUUCUCCAGGCGUUUUUAAGACAUCAGUGUGUACGGGACCUGACGUGACGCGGCAGUGGGGCUGUCUUUUCUCCGCUCUGCCCGCAUUCAUAAACGGAUAUGAUAACCCAGCGCUGAAAGCACCGGAGCAGCGACAACAGUCAGCUCUGACCAUGGCGGAAGAGGACGACGCGAGGAUUCGGAUUUUACAGAGCCUUCGGGGUAAAAUAUGUGAAGCUAAGAACCUGGGUCCAGUCUCAGGUCCAAAUCGACAAAGGGAUCUCUGUACCUUUUGCACCAUAAGUCUGGAUCAGGAGGAGGUGUUUCGCACCAAGGUGUAUGACAAAAGCGUCAGCCCUUUCUAUGGAGAGGACUUCUACUUUGAGAUCCCACGUCCGUUUCAGUGUUUAUCCUUCUAUGUUUAUGCCAAGAGCGUUUUCCAGAGGGACCUACCUGUUGGCAAAGUGUCAAUUAGGAAGGAUGACCUGUGUAAAUACAGUGGGAAGGAGCACUGGUUAAGCCUUCAGCCAGUCGAUCCUAACUCAGAAGUCCAGGGUAAGGUUCACCUUGAGAUGCGAUUGAAUGAAGUGAUCACGGAGAACGGCUCAGUAGGUCAGCACUUAGUGGUCCGGAUAAUAGAGUGCCAGGAGCUGCCUUUGAUCAGUGGGCAGAACUGCGACCCCUAUGCCACCGUGUCACUCGUUGGACCUGCCAGGUCUGACCAAAAGAAGACAAAGGUAAAGAAGAAAACCAGCAACCCUCAUUUUGAAGAGACCUUCUUUUUUGAGGUCACACGGUCCAGCAGCUACUCUAAAAAGUCUCAUUUCCAAGUGGAGGAAGAGGACAUUGAAAAACUUGAGAUCAAAGUUGAUUUGUGGAACAAUGAGAAUUUGGCUCAGGAUGUGUUUCUGGGGGAGACACGAGUCCCCGUCAAGAUCCUGCGAAAUGACCACAUCCACAAAGCCUGGUAUCUCCUCCAGCCUAAAGGGAACGGCAGCAAGUCCAAGUCUGAUGAUUUAGGAUCCUUGCGUUUGAAGCUGACCUACAUAGAAGACACGGUGCUGCCAUCUGCCUGCUACACACCACUCUGCAACCUGCUGCUCAAAUCCCCAGAUGUGAAGCCCAUCUCAGCGUCAGCAGCGCACAUCCUGGGGGACAUCUACAGAGAGCGGUAUGAGGCUGUUCUGCCCAUGGUUCGACUGCUGCUCCACCACAAUCGCUUUGUGCCUUUUGUCUCUGCUGUGGCGGCGCUGGAGCUGGACAACACUCAAGAGGCUAACACUAUAUUCCGUGGCAACUCACUGGCAACACGCUGCAUUGAUGACAUGAUGAAGAUUGUGGGAAAGAAUUACCUGGCCGUUACCCUGAAGCCUGUAAUAGAUGAGAUUUGUGAAUCUAACAAAACAUGUGAGAUCGACCCUGUUAAACUAAAGGAAGGAGACAACGUAGAGGUCAACAAGGAGAACCUACAGGGUUAUGUCCAGAAAGUCUUUUCCUCUAUCACCCAGUCCAGCUCGACCUGUCCCCCACUCAUGUGUGAUGUCUUCAGGUCACUGAGACACUUGGCCUGCAAACGUUUCCCAGCUGACCCUCAUGUUCAGUACUCGGCCGUCAGCAGCUUUGUGUUCCUGCGGUUCUUCGCAGUCGCUGUCCUUUCUCCUCACUCUUUCCAGCUCCGUUCCCAUCAUCCUGAUCCCGAGAUUGCCCGCACACUCACUCUCAUCUCAAAAACCAUCCAGACUCUGGGCAGCUGGGGUAGUUUGUCAAAAAAACUGUCUAGUUUCAAAGAAACCUACAUGUAUGACUUCUUCAAAUCAUUCCAAGAGGACAAAUGUAUUGAAAAAGUUAAAAAGUUUCUCGAUGAGAUCUCCUCCAACGUCAGCAAGGAGUCCAGCGGACUGGAGGACGCAGUGGUUCUCAAAGAGGGGGAAGUACAGAAACGCGCCCAGGGGAGAAAACGCCUUGGGAAGAAAAACUUCAAAAAGAGAUGGCUUAGAGUGACCAACAGGGAGCUCUCCUACCAUAAACAAAAAGGGAAAGAGGCCCUCUGCACCAUCAACGUCAAAAAUAUCAAGGCGGUGGAGAAACUGGAUGAAAGUGCCUUUAACCGCAAAAAUAUGUUUCAGGUGGUCCACUCUGAGAAACCUCUGUACGUGCAAGCAGGAAACUGUGUGGAGGCCAGCGAGUGGUUGGAGGUCCUGGGCCAGGUCAGCCGCUGCAACGAAGGACGCCUGGCCACCUUCCACCCAUCAAAUUACACCGGUGGAGCCUGGCAGUGCUGCAAAAACCAGAGCAACAACGCACCAGGCUGCAAGCCCUGCACAACCACCAUGCUGGCCAACCUGCAGCUGGACAUAGACUGUGACCGGGAAACAGAGAGAAUUUUCUCCCUUCUCUCUUCAAACGACACCAAACUGCAGGACAUGGAGGACGCGUGUGCCAGUAUGGCGGUGUACCAGGGCCCUCAGCGGGAGCAGGAGGAGUACUCCAAGUUCACCAUUCAGGAACCCAAAGAGACCUUUCAGACACUCAAACAGCUCCGCAACGUCAUGGAGGAACUUCAGAGGCAGCACAACAUCAGGAACGACACCACAGCACAGUACGGCAGCCUGAACAACCCGAUAGUGGGGAAAACCUCCUAACCAGCAGGUGUGGCCUGAGACGGUCAUAGCAGCAGGUGUCAGCGCACCACAAAGAGCACCACAGUAACACACUGGUGUCUUGAAGAAACCCCAGGAGGGGUUGUCCCAGAGAACGGCUGCUGCAUGUCCAGGAGAAGAACAACUGAUACACCCUGACCUCUAGACACCAUGACUCCACUACAGCUAAGGGAAGUGGAUGGAUUGUGAGCUUUUUUCCAGGAUCUCUCCUCAAAAAAAAAAAAAAAAAACGAACCCACUUAGUUGUCCUCCCCCUCCCCCUGUCCUCUCCACUGCAGGUUCCUUAUAGAGAGACUCUUCCCUGUCUUAAUUUACGCCCUCUUUUAAGUCUCCAGCUGUAUGAGAAAAGCAUCUUUAGAUGUGAGAGUGUGAAUAGGCUGCUAUUUUUUUUUUUAUUCACCUAGUUUUAUAUCAACAGCUGUGAUGAUACUCUCCCAAUCUUUUAACAUUUUGCUCUGACAUCUCUGACAUCUCUGUUUGCUAAUUGAUUGAUAGUUGACCUUUUUGGACAACCGUCCUCUACUUGUGCCCGAGUACACUUAAAUCUUUCUCCAUUCUUAGUGUCCUCUCUCUCCUCUGAACAAAUGUGUGUAUAUAUUUUUUCAGAGUGUAGUUAAGUAGAUGAAACCGAUCUGCCUUACUUUGAUGGAUAUUUCUUUCGCAUUAAAUGCUGAGGGAAUAAUGCAGAAGCACUUUAAAUAUUUGGAGCUCUCCAAAUGAAAAAUGACUAGAUACUUGGUAUCAGCUUUCCCCUCUUUUGAUCAGUUACAUGAUCUCGAGUACAUUUUUGUCUCAUUCCUAUAUAAUAACAGCGAUAGACUGUAGUUUUUAAGAUAUUUUUCUUGACCAAAGACUAUUUCUCAUAGGUUUGACUUGAAAAAAAAAUUAAUGUAUUUUGAAUACAAAUGUUUUAAAAAUGGAGACGAAUUAUAUAUAUAUCGAUAUAUAUAUAUAUAUAUAUAUAUAUUUGGUUUAUGUGUGUGUUUUUUGCUAACAUAUUCUGACUUAAUGCUGAUUGCAUGCGUUCAGUUGUGAAUCUUCAUGUGGUGGUGCACAAUUAUAUUUCGCUGUGAUUGUGAAUUGUAUUGGUACGGUGUACAUCAGAUCUGUGUUAUCAUGCCUAGAGCAUUGCAACAUAUCUAUAGUGGCUUAUGAAAGAAAUGAUGGAGGAAAUGCAAUGAGAUUAACAAAUGGGGCCCUGUUAUCCCUAAAUUAAUACCCGACAAUCAUGGCAACAAACAGAUACAUUGUGUCCUUCUUUUUUUUUUAAGCCAGCAGUCGUGCAUCACUCCAGAAUCUGCUCCAGAGAAUUUGUGUGAAAUGCGACGCUCUGUGGUUUAGUUUAACUUUUUCAUAGCUGUUGGUCAUAGCACUCCACUGCCAAAACAGUCAAGAAAAGUCAGUGUGGUAAAUAAGUAAAAACAACAAAAAAGGAUGAUAAUAAUAAUAAUAAUAAUAAUAAUAAUAAUAAACACUAUUACACUCUUUGUCCUGGACAACUUUUUAUCCCAACAAAUGUAUGUAAAUGCCAAAUGAGUAAAUAUACUCAGAUGUUAUAUGAUAGUGAUUCAGAAAACCAAAACCUCAAAAUUUUAGGUUGCAACUUUUUAAACCUUUUUACUGUUUUUCUAUCGAUGAAUCAACAAAUCACUUUCGUGCUGGAGAAAACUGAUGAGAAAAGUCAAACUCUGAUUCAAUCCUGGUUUUUCCUUGUUUAUCGUUUUUCAUAUUUUGCCCAUUUGAACAAUGAAGUGUUGAAAGAUAGAUACAAAAGAAACUUGAAUUUAUUUUAACAACAGUUGCUAAUGUUAAUAAUACAGGGUUUAGCAUGUUUUUGUUUUGUUUUUUGUUUGGUUGGCUUUCUUUUGGUUCGAUUUUUUUUUUUUUUUUUUUGCUCGUGGAAUAAGUUGUUUUGUCUUUGGUCCGUCAUAUAUUUCUAACAUGCAUGUCUUGUAUAUCUUGUAUAUUUAACAAUAUAUUUUUAUAGGAAAAUGUUUUUUGUAUCUUUUUUUUUUAAACACUGAUUUAAUGUGUUGUUAUACUGGCAGGGUACCUUGUUCUUUGUCUGCAGCACUUCCUUGAGACUGGCCGCUUUUUUUGUUGUUGUUUUUGUCCCUUCACUGACUGUACGUGGUCGUAGCUGCUGCCAAACCUCCACUUGUCGAUAGCUUAACGCAGUGUUACUGAAGUGAAUACUUUGUGUGUGUGUGUGUGUGUGUGUGUGAGUGAGUGUGUGUGUGAUGUCCCACUGAGCUGCAGCUGGCACUGACUGUGUUCACAUGCAGGCUGUAAGUGAGUGAACUGCCUAAUCAGAGCCAAAAUACAAAUGUAAAAUGGUUGAUUUUAAGAAAUUAAUCAUUGGAUGAUCUUUGCCUAUGCUCUAAGUUUUCAGUCGGACAAGGUUGAAAAAACAAAACUACUCUGGACCAAAUUUCCACAACAAUAUAUGGAUCUGAAUCUGAACUAAUCAGAGCAUAAAGCUGUUGUUAUAUAUUGUAUAAGCUUGCAUGUCAACUCCUGGUUUUAAUAUGGGGCCAGUAAACUAGAGGUUGAUGUCCUCUGGUCGUGUGCUCAUUUUCAUAUGAAGGUGAACACGUUUUGGGUUUUUAUUUCCAUUCACUUGGUCAAUGAAUUAUUCUUUUAUCUGCUUUUAAUAAGGGAUCUCCCCCCCUCCCCAUUUGUUUUCCCAUGUCAGUGCAUUGUCCUGAAAUAAAAAGCAGUCUUUGUCAGUUCAUGGAUGAGAUGCAUGUGGAAACAACACGAAGUGGCCUGGUAGUGGUUGAAGUGCAUUUAGCACAGCAGCCGUCUUGACUUUCGCACGUUGGACUGUGGCCAAGAGUCAUAUCAUAACAUCACAACUGAGAGAAAUAUUCAGAUUCGCUUUGAACUAUCAGAGAAAUAACAUCAAUCAGGGCAGUUGCCAACUCGCACAUCUGAUGUGGCUUUCUGAGGUCUUUGUAUUAAUUAUGGAAAUGAGAAGAAGUCCAGGUUUAUGCAAGAACAAAAACUGAUUUCAGGGCUCUGUAAUCCAAGUUUUCUCUGAAAGCACGGCAACAAUAUACACAUUUCUUUUCAAAUACAGGCGGAAAAUUGCAAAACAAUAUUUUUUUUCCCCCACAUCAAUCAACUUACAUCUGUUCUGCCAUAGCAGAGUGUGAGUACAAAAGACAGUCUGACACCUUUAUAGGAUUUUUUUAUUUUUACAUGUAAAAGUUUAUUUUUGACCAGUGUACAGUCAGUAGUAACAAAGCAUAUCUUCAUAUCUCUCAUUCAGUUCUUCUGAAUGUCUCUAUACUGCUUCAAUACAGUAGCUGUUUUAUACUAAUGAAACAUUUUUAUUUUCCAUACAUGGUCUUUUUUGUGUCCAUUUGAAUCAAUUUACAAUAAACGCUUUGCCAAUGCUUCUCAUA